AUGAUGAUGAGAUUAGCAGCCCGCCAGUACAUUCUCAUAUGCUGGAAAAACUUAAACCUCCUAAAACGCCACUACUUCCUGGUCCCAUUCCAGGCCCUGGUCCCGGUUGGGAUUAUCAUUAUCCUCUUUAGCCUAAGACAGAAGCAGGAUGUCAGACAAUACAAACCAACUCACUUUAAUCCUUUUCCUAUAAAGCAUCAAGAUAUAUUUUUUCCCGGAAGCCAGAUUGACCGCAAGUGGAUCCUGACGGCGGUUCCCAGACACGGAUUAGUGCUAACCAUUUUGAAGAAUCUUUACUCAAGAAUGUCUGACGUACUUACCGGGCCGUCAAAUAAGCUGAAUAUCUCAAAAAUAUGCACCUCUCCUCCGAAAGAUUUCAUGUUUGAGAAUGAGACCACCAUGCUGGAGACUUACUUGCAGAAUGACACCAUGAGGAACAUGUCCUUCGCUACUAUCGUCUUCUCCGGAAUUCCGAAUAAUACAAACAAGGAUACGAUCGUAAACGUCACUUACAAGAUCCGCUUCCCAGCUGAGCAGCAUUGGAAAUACGCCGACAAGAGCAAUUGGUUGACGGACAGAUGGUACGAUGACACAACUUAUAAUGAACCUAGGACGUCCAACUUUGAUAGGGGAAACAUCAAUAAACCCGGCUACUACAGAGAAGCCUUCUUGACACUGCAGAAAUACAUCGACGAUGCCAUCAUAGCGCUGAUACUCAAGCAGAACGGUACGUACGUUGAGUCAGACAACCCGGACUCCAGCAUCCAACUGAGAAUGUUCCCGUAUCCGUAUUCGACUUAUGACGAUUAUGUAACCGUUAUAAAAGUGUACAUGCCCCUUUUUAUUGUCAUAUGCUUCAUAGCUAAUGCCACACUCAUAGCUCGAGAUAUCACACUGGAGAAAGAGAAAAAAUUGAAGGAGUCGAUGAAACUAAUGGGACUGAAACCAUGGGUCAACUGGCUGGCCUGGUUCACACAGUUCUUCCUCUUCAUGCUCGUUUCGGUGGCUCUGAUGACGAUGUUCUUUCACAUACCGACAAGUAGGAAAGGUUCGAUAUCGUCCAUAUUUACCUAUUCGCAUUUCUCAGUGACGUUCGUGUUUCUGUUGCUCUACGCAGUUUCUAUCAUCAUGUUUUGCUUCAUGGUUUCGUCCAUAUUUUACAAAGCGAACGUUGCGGCUGCCACCACUGGAAUAAUUUAUUUGCUAUCUUACGUGCCUUACUUCUUCCUACAAAUCCAUUAUAAUUCUUUGGGGUACGGUUGGAAGAUUUUUUUAUCUUUUUUCAAUAACCUGGCAAUGUCAUUUUCCUGUCUGCAGUUCUCAAAAUUGGAAAGUUCAGGGAUAGGCCUGCAUUGGUGGAACUUGGGGGAUGCAGAACUGUCCGGAGACGAUCUGACGAUGCAGACCUUGAUGAUCAUGCUGGUGGCCGACAUCCUCCUCUACUCGAUCCUCACCUGGUACCUGGAUGCACUCUUCCCUGGAGAGUUCGGAGUUCCACAGCCAUUUUAUUUUCCAUUUACGUAUUGGUACUGGUGCGGCCACGAUAUUGCAGACUACCUGGAUGACGUCAUCGCGGUUCCAGCCGACUAUGACCACGUAUCGAACGUCUUCGAGAAGCCCGAGAAGAGCCGCCGCGUUGGAGUCAGGAUUCGCAAUCUGACAAAAAAAUUUAUGAAUUCCGCAAAACCGGCUGUCAACAAUCUCAAUAUUGAUCUAUACGAGGGCUACAUCACAGCCUUCUUGGGGCAUAAUGGGGCGGGAAAAACAACAACAAUUUUCGGUACAAUAUUCAUAAACGGUUUCGAUGUGUCGAAACAUUUGGAUAAGGUAAGAAGAUCUUUGGGUCUCUGCCCCCAGCAUAACAUCUUGUUCGAUACGCUCACUGUUCAGCAGCACUUAUAUUUCUUUGCUAAUCUGAAAGGAUGCCCUGGCGAUGAGAUUCAGGCUGAGGUUGAAAAAAUGAUUGAGUCGCUGCAUAUGGAGAAUAAGAGGUACACACCAUCUAAUGCGCUGUCUGGCGGUAUGAAGAGGAAGUUAUCGAUUGCCAUUGCUUUAAUUGCCGGCUCUAAGUUCGUAAUGUUGGACGAGCCGACAUCGGGAAUGGACCCGGAAUCACGAAGACAGACGUGGGACAUGUUGCAGCAGCAGCAGCACGGCCGCACCAUCAUCCUGUCCACGCAUUUCAUGGACGAGGCCGACCUGCUCGGAGAUCGCAUCGCCAUAAUGUCAGAAGGAGAGACACAGAUGUGUGUGGCAAAGUUCAUAACAGAGUUGAUCAGCGAGCACAUCGAGGGCGCCAAGUUUGAAGGCGAGAAAGGUUCUGAACUGACUUACCUGCUACCAAAAGUUGAAUCAAAAAAGAUCUCAAAGUUGUUUAAGGCAGGGUCGGCCAGCAUGCUGACCAUCGGCCUCUCCUCAAACGAUUCAACCCUACAAAAACCCACUAAAGAGCAAAUUCCAAACAACAGCGACAGAAGUAGGAGCAGCAACAACAGCAGUAGCACCAUCAUUAAGCCUAACAACACCAUUAACACUAACAACAAUAGUAGCAGUAGUAGCCAAAAGUUAUACACGGCAGCAGAGUAUAUAGAAGAGCAAGACGAUUAUGACGUCAUCUAUGAAAGAAAUAAAACGCUGGGUAUGAUGUCAAGAGACUUGCUCAGUCCAGAGCCCUACGCCAUCGUCCUGCGAGAUGUUACCAAGUGGUAUGGACGGUUUUUAGCUGUCGAUGGCUUGAGCAUUGCCAUAGAAAGAGGCGAAUGUUUUGGUCUGCUGGGGGUAAAUGGGGCUGGAAAGACGACGACCUUCAAGAUGAUGACCGGCGGUCUGCAAUGCAGUAGUGGAGAUAUAUACAUCAAGGGGUUGAACAUCAGACAGCACCCGAAAGAGGCACAAUCGUUAAUAGGUUACUGCCCUCAGUUCGACGCCCUCAUAGACCAGAUGACGGUCUCGGAGACAUUGGAAUUGUUUGGGAAGUUAAGAGGCAUCAGAGGUCAAGAGUUGAAAGCCAUUGUCGAUGACCUUAUUGAUACGCUGGUGUUGAGGAAACACGCGAGUAAACAGGCUGGAACUUUGAGCGGGGGUAACAAAAGAAAAUUAGGAGUAGGGAUAGCCCUGAUCGGAAACCCGCCAAUCGUAUUCCUUGACGAGCCGACAACUGGAAUGGACCCCGUAGCCAGAAAAAAGUUGUGGAAUGUUCUGGCGGCUGUCAGGCAGCACGGGACCACUAUUGUCCUCACGUCCCACAGCAUGGAAGAAUGCGAAGCCCUAUGCACCAGAAUCGCAAUAAUGGUGAAUGGUCGGUUCAAAUGUCUGGGCAGUGGUCAGCACUUGAAAUCGAAAUUUGGUGGUGGUUAUACGGUGGUUAUAAAACUGAAACCAAACAAAAAGCAAGAAGUAUUGGAGUACUAUACCAGAUGUCUUAUGCUAUUUAUUGACAAGGUUUUUCCGGAAAACAUCCUGAAAGACCGACACGAAUCCUUACUGCACUACCAAAUCGACAAACCGAACUUAACAUGGGCGCGAGUUUUUGAAGUUUUAGAAAAGGCGCGGGAACCAUUCCAAAUUGAAGAUUACUCUGUCGGGCAGACGACUUUAGAGCAGCUUUUCAUCAACUUCGCCAAAUCCCAAAGAGUAAUUUAUAGAGAUAAUUAGUACGAAUGCUUCUAUUUAUAGCAAAUUAUCAUAAAUUAUGACAAUUAUUAUUAUUAUAACAAUUAAAACGUUUGUAACAGUGUCUGUGAUAUAUAUAUUUUUAUCGACAAAUACUUUAUAUUUAAUUUUAAUUAUAUUCAUUUGACAACAAUAAUGGUAAUAAUAAUUAUAGUUAAUAAUAAUAACAACAACAACAAUUAUAAUUAUUUAUUAUUAUCACUGUUAUUAUAUUCAUGAUGACUGAAAAUGCCCCAAAAAUUCGCUACAAUAACAUUCCAAACAUUAAACAUUAUAUAUAUAUAUAUAUAAUUAGUAGCUGUCCCAGUAAAAGUAGUAGCAGUAAGUAGUGUUAAUAUAGGUUCAAAGCAGAAAUAUUGUAUGGAGUUAUGAAAAAAGCUAAAUAUACAAACUACAGCAUUUAAACAAAACAAAACAAAAAUCAAUCAAUCAAUCAACCAUUCAACCAACCAACCAAUCACUCACUCACUCAAUCAAUCACUUAUUCACUCACUCAAUCAAUCAAUCAGUCAACCAAAUCAAUCAGUCAAUCAAUCAACCAUUAUAAUUAAAAUUAUAGCCAUUCAAAAUAAACAGUGUACAGAGCAU